AUGGGGACACAGCUUUUGAAGGGACGUGUUACCAACAGGAUCUUGCUGGUGGUGAUGUUGCUGCUUAUAUUACUGUGUCAUACAGUUUGCAAGAUACAUUCUAUUAACUGCAGUAUACAUGAUGAUCCCCUCCCGAUUCCUCAUGAAUUUUACCAACCAGGAGACCUUGUCAUCAGUGGGAUUGUUUCUCAAAUAUUCUUUCUUUAUGAUAGCCUCUCUUUCCUGGAACAGCGCACACAGACCAUCACUGAUGAACCAAUUUCAGUGCCUAAGAACUACCAGCACAUCCUGGCCUUUGCAUUUGGUGUCAAAGAGAUCAAUGAGAAUCCCAACAUCUUACCAAAUAUAUCUCUGGGACUCCACAUCCUCAAUAGCUACUACACUGCAAGGAUGACCUAUAAAGCUAUCUUAAGCCUUCUGUCAACACGACAUAGGUUUGUCCCCAACUUCAAGUGUGACAACCAGAACAAUCUGAUAGCUCUCAUUGGAGGGUGCAUCUCUGAAAUCUCUGCCAAUAUGGCCAUCAUUUCAGCAACCCACAAGACUCCACAGCUCACAUAUGGAUCAUUUUUGCCAGUACAAGGUGCCCAAAGUUUAUUCCCAUUUCUAUACCAGAUGGUCCCCAAUGAAGCCUACCAGCACAUGGGUGUUGUGCGGUUACUUCAGCAUUUCAGAUGGACCUGGAUUGGGCUUUGGGCUGUAGAUGAUGAUCGAGGAGACAGAUUUUUACAGACAAUGAUGCCAUUGCUUUCCAUUCAUGGUAUCUGUUAUGCCUUCGUCAUAAGAAUACCCAAAUGGAAUUACAUGGAUGAGAUGAUAGAAUUUGCUCUGCAGCAUUUUGAAAGCUAUGCAAAAAUCUUUGAGGGAAACUCCAAUACGGGAAAUCCCAGUGUAUUCUUUGUUUAUGGGGAGCCUCCAUCUUUUCAGGUUUUGAGAAUGCUGCUGUUUUUUGCACCUUUAUUCUCGCUGCCACCUCUGAAUAAAGUUUGGAUUGUUACAUCCCAUUGGGAUUUUGCAUCACACUCUCUUCAGAAAAAUUGGGAUAUGCAAGCCUUUCAUGGUUCUUUAUCCUUCACAGUUCACUCAAAUCAGUUAUUAGAUUUCAAUAAGUUCAUUCACAAAUUAAGACCAUCAAGGGCUAAAGGUGAUGGCUUUAUCCAGUCCUUCUGGGAGCAGGCCUUCAGCUGCUCAUUGAAACUCUCUAAAGGACAGCAAAAGGAGGAAAACAAGAAAGUUUGCACUGGGGACGAGAAGCUGGAGGGCCUUCCUGGAAUUUUGUUUGAAAUGGACAUGACUGGCCACAGCUACAAUGUUUACAAUGCCGUCUACGCUGUGGCACAUGCUUUGCAGCUCCAAAAGCACAUCGCGUUCAAUAACAGUGUGGGAGAUUCUGUGCACUUUGAUGACAAUGGAGAAUUAGUUGCAUGUUUUGAUGUAACAAACUGGUUGAUUUUUCCCAAUGGCUCACUGGUUAGAGCAAAAGUUGGAAGACUGGAUUCUCAGGCUCCUUUAGGAAAAGAGUUAAGAAUUAAUGAUGACCAAAUUCUAUGGCAUCCAAGUUUUAACCAGGUGUUGCCUAUUUCUGUGUGCAAUGACAACUGCUACCCUGGCUACAGCAGGAAAAAGAAGGAGGGAGAAAAAUUUUGCUGCUAUGAUUGUGCUCCAUGUGCAGAAGGGAUGAUCUCUAACCAGAAAGAUAUGGAUGCCUGUGUCAAAUGUCCAGAAGACCAGUAUCCCAAUAUGGACCAAACUCAAUGCAUCCCCAAAGCUGUAAGCUACCUCUCUUACAAAGAAACAUUAGGGAUUACUUUAGCUAUCUUAGCCAUUUCCUUCGCCUUUAUCACAACUUUCAUACUUGGAAUUUUCGUGAAGCACAAGGACACUCCCAUAGUCAAAGCUAACAACAGGACCCUCACCUACAUCCUUCUCAUCUCUCUCCUUCUUUGCUUCCUCUGCGCCUUACUUUUCAUUGGACAGCCUGGAAAGGUCACCUGCCUUCUCCGACAAACAGCCUUUGGUAUCAUAUUCUCUGUUGCCCUUUCCAGCACUUUGGCAAAAACCAUCACCGUGGUUCUGGCAUUCAUGGCAACCCAGCCAGGAUCCAAAAUCAGAAAAUGGGUGGGGAAGAGAAUGGCAAAUUCCAUUGUCCUCUCCGGCUCCUUUCUUCAAGCUGGCAUUUGUUCUCUUUGGUUAGGUAGUUCCCCUCCAUUCCCAGAUAUGGACAUGCACUCAGUGACAGGAGAAAUACUACUGGAAUGUAAUGAGGGUUCAGCUGUCAUGUUCUACUGCGUCAUAGGCUACAUGGGUUCCUUGGCCAUUGUCAGCUUCAUUUUGGCUUUCCUAGCCAGGAAGUUGCCAGACAGUUUCAAUGAGGCUAAAUUUAUCACUUUCAGCAUGUUGGUGUUUUGCAGUGUUUGGCUGACUUUUGUUCCAACCUACUUGAGCACCAAAGGAAAAUACAUGGUGGCUGUGGAAAUUUUCUCCAUCUUAUCAUCCAAUGCUGGCUUACUGGGUUGCAUCUUUUCCCCUAAAUGCUAUAUCAUUGUUCUGAGGCCUGAACUGAAUAAGAGGGAGCAACUAAUAAGGAAAACCAAAUGA